AUUCUUGAAUGUGAUUUGGUUGUUAAUCUUAACGAUGUUUUCAAAAAGAAUGAAACGAAUGAAAAGAAUGUAAAGGAUGAAAAGGAUGAAAAGAAGGAUAAAAAGGAUAAAAAGGAUGAAAAGGUUGAAAAGAAUGAAAAGGUUGAAAAGGUUGAAAAGGUUGAAAAGGAUAAAGAUGAUGAAAAGGAUGAAAAGAAUGAAAAGGAUAAAGAUGAUGAAAAGGAUGAAAAGAAUAAAAAGAAUAAAAAGGAUGAAAAGAAUGGAAUUAAUGCAAACCUCAUUCGUAUUUAUGGUGAUGUAGUUCACCUUUCGAAAAAUAAUACCAAACAUCCAGACAAUCAUUUGGACAAUCAUCCAGAAAAUCGAUCAGACAAUCAUCCGAAUAAUCUAGAAAUUAACUUAUCGAAUUUUCGUUGUGUUAUUUUAAUAGUUGCAAGACGAUUUGAAAUCGAACAAGGAUGUCAAAUUACUAUUAAUUACAGGAAAGGGGCGUAUUUUCAAUUAUUUAUAUAUGCUAAGGAGAUGCCAACAAAACUUGUUUUUACAGUUAAAAAUAAAGAAAAGGAUAAAAACUGUCAAUUAUUGAUAAAUGCGAGUAAAGAUAGUGAAAAAAAUAAAUUUCAAAUAGAUAGUUCAAUGAAAAUUUGCAGAUUAAUUUCUUUACAUAUCAGAGAAACUAAUGAAAACCUUGAAGAAAAACUUAUUGAAGAUUUUGAAAAAAAAAUUUUAAGCAGUAAAAUUGGUAGUUUGACUUUCUUUCAUAGCAAAGGCAAGGACAAAAAUUCCAAAGAAAAACUUAUUGAACGUCUUGAAAACCCAAAUUCUAAAAUGCAUAGUUUACUUUCUUCACUUGGCAAAAAUCUUGAGCUCA